ACCCAUUGCCCUGUGGCCAUAUGAAGUCAGGCCAGAGCCUUCAAACAGGGGCCACUGACGUUAUUUUUUUCUUUUCCGUGUGUCAGAGGUCAGAGCAUGAUAUGGCAUCGUUCAGUGGUCAACGGUCAGCUGCCUAGACGUCAUCAAUUUCGAGCUUGAAUCCAAGAUGAGACCCUCCAUUUGAGCAACAAAGCUAAUGCCUUUGAAACUAUUUUGAUCAAACUCGAGAUACCCAGUUAGCGAAACUCGCUUUACAGAUUGACAGCACAGAGAUGGAGGAAUCCCAGAUAGAAAAGAGUCCAAACGAGGAAUUUUUGAGGCUGAUGUUGAGGCCACUGCACUGGUUCAAAAUGCUGGGUCAAGAGCUGCAUUGGAGCUUUGUCUUAGGAGUGGUGAUAGUUUAUGGGAUCAGUCAAGGGCUUGGCGUGGGCUUGAGCAAAGUCAGUACUCAGUACUACAUGAAGGAUGAGCAGAAGGUACAGCCCUCUGAAGCACAGGUCUACUUUGGUUUACUUCAAAUUCCUUGGAUUAUCAAGCCUCUGUGGGGUCUUCUUACUGAUACUCUUCCUAUUCUUGGUUACCGCAGGCGGCCUUAUUUCGUUUUUGCAGGUUUUCUUAGCAUGAUCGCUAUGCUUGUGGUAUCAUUACAGAAGAACUUGCAUCUCGCAUUUGCUAUGCUGUCUUUAAUGGCAGGAAGUGCUGGAAUAGCUAUAGCAGAUGUGACAAUUGAUGCGUGUGUGACACAGAACAGCAUAAGUCAUCCUUCUCUAGCUGGUGAUAUGCAAAGCUUGUGUGGAUUCAGCUCUUCCAUAGGGGCACUUGUGGGAUUCUCACUCAGUGGCUUUUUGGUUCACAUAGUUGGUCCUAAGGGGGUAUUUGGUUUGCUCAGUAUCCCAGCAGGCCUGGUCAUUUUGGUUGGCAUAAUGCUGAGAGAAUCUCGUGCACAUAGACUUGCUUACAGAGGGGUAAAUGAGAAAUUUCUGGAUGCUGGUAAAGCUAUGUGGACAACACUCAAAUGUCGGGAAGUAUGGAGGCCUUGUUUAUACAUGUACUUGUCUCUUGCAGUGAGCUUACACAUUCAUGAAGGAAUGUUCUAUUGGUAUACUGAUGCAAAGGGAGGUCCAUCUUUCUCACAGGAGGUUGUUGGGUCCAUAUUCUCAAUAGGAGCAGUUGGCUCCCUCUGUGGUGUGCUUAUCUACCAAAAUUUGUUAAAGAAUCAUCCUUUUCGAGACUUGCUUUUCUGGUCUCAGUUGCUGUAUGGUGUCUCAGGACUCCUAGAUCUGAUACUGGUCUUGCGUAUCAACUUGAGAAUCGGUUUACCUGAUUAUCUUUUUGUUGUGAUAGAUGAAGCCAUUUCUCGAAUGAUUGGACGUAUUAAAUGGAUGCCUCUUCUCGUGCUUAGUUCCAAGCUUUGCCCUGCAGGCAUAGAGGGCACUUUCUUUGCUUUGCUCAUGUCAAUUGAUCAUGUUGGUAUGCUUUCAUCAACUUGGGCAGGAGGUCUCUUGCUCCAUGUCUUGAAGGUUACACGAACGCGAUUUGAGAACCUCUGGAUGGCCAUUUUGAUCCGGAGCAUAUUGAGAAUGGUUCCAAUCGGCCUGCUGUUUCUGAUACCCAGAAGCGAUCCUAACUUAGCCAUCCUUCCAGCAGAGAUGUUGAAGACGAAAAAAGGGGAUGAUAUGCUUGAAAAUGGAAAUCUUGAAAUGGCCUCCCUUGUUGAUAGCUCUUGAAUGAAGGAAUGGAAAAAUGGUAUCUAGGAAACUGCUAGUUUCUGCAAGACAACUAAUGAUUUGGUCCUAAGGUAUCUUUCUAUUCCAUUCUUCAGACAUUCUUGUUCUUGCCCAUGCUUGAGCGGGCCAGGAUAACAUCCGAAACAGAGCAUUCAUGGAUGAUGAACUUCAGGACAUGACUUCUUUCCAUUUUACACAGUCAACAGAUUAGAAUGGCUUGGUCAGCAUUAGAAGUGACUAUUCAUAAACAUUUUCUUUCAAUCUGAGCCCAAGCAGACAAUUUUAUGUGCAUGACCAUGUAAUAUUCCAGAUAAGAGAAAAAGUUAAGCACUAGAAUCAAAUUUUAGCAGAAGCACAUAAUACUUUUUCUGACAUUUUUGAAGUGAUACCUCCAACAUUGGAAAUUUCCACAGGGGCCCAUUUAUGUUUGUUUUGGUGAGAUAAAAUUUUGCAGGUCCUAAUUGUUGGGAUUUAAUUCAAAAUUUCAAACAUUUAUUUUGA